AUGGUCUUCCAGAGCCACGCCCUCUAUCCGCACAUGAACGUGUUCGACAAUCUCGCCUUCAACCAGCGCAUUCGCGGCGUCGAUCGCAAGACGUGGAUCGCAAGGUGCGGAGGGUCAGAGCGGCUGGAGAUCACCGAGCUGCUGAAGCGCCGCCCGCGCCAGAUGUCGGGCGGCCAGCGCCAGCGGGUCGCCAUCGGCCGGGCGCUGGUGCGCGAUCCCCGCGCAUCUUCCUCUUCGACGAGCCGCUCUCCAACCUCGAUGCCGAGCUGCGCGUGCGGCUCCGCACGGUGA